AUGGAUCAAAAUCUGCCAGCGAUAGCCAAAAGAGCAUGGAGCAUAGUACGUGUUAUCUUCUUCAUGCUAAGAAAGGGCUUAUCAAAGAGAAAACUCUUGGUUGAUCUCAACAUGAUGCUUAAACGUGGCAACAAGAUUGCAAGCAAAGCCAUAGGUAACCUCAUGUUCCACCACCACCACCACAAUGACCACCGCAACGUCUCAUUCAAAUCCCCACCAUGCGAGUAUGAGUUCAGCUGUAGCAACACUCCCACAUACUCGCUCCCCUUCCAUAUCAACAACAAGCGCCGCCACCACCACCACCACCACCACAAUAACUUCUUUGCAUGUGCAUUCAACGCACCACCAACUCAUGAUGAUCAUGAUAUGGUGACCAUGAAUGCUGUGAAGCUGGCUUUGGAGUUACUGAACAACAAUGAGUUGCCUGUACCUGUGGAGGCAUCCCCAAUGUUGCCAGGGUUUGGAAGGAGCCCAAUGGUUAGGCAAUUGAGGAUAACAGACUCACCGUUUCCAUUGAGAGAUGUUGACGAUGAUAAUGGUCUUGUGAACAAGAAAGCUGACGAGUUUAUCGAGAAGUUCUACAAGGAAUUAAGGAAGCAAAAAAGGAUGAGUGGCUAA